CAAAAAUAAUGAAAAGAAACAAAGAGAGAGAGAGAGAGAGAGAGAGAAAGAGAGAGAGAAAAUUUUGACGUCGUCGUCGCUGUUUUUCUGAAAAGCAUCAUGACGUCAGGUACGAGAAUGCCGACGUGGAAGGAGAGGGAGAACAACAAGCGGAGAGAACGGCGGAGGCGAGCUAUCGCGGCGAAGAUCUUCGCCGGUCUACGGACAUACGGUAACUACAAGCUCUCCAAGCACUGCGACAACAACGAGGUCUUGAAAGCUCUGUGCAACGAAGCCGGUUGGACCGUCGAAGAAGACGGCACCACUUACAAAAAGGGAUGCAAACCAGUGGAUCGCAUGGACAUAGUGGGAGGUUCGGGAUCGGUUAGUCCAUGCUCAUCGUAUUACCUGAGUCCUUGUGCAUCUUACAAUCCGAGUCCUCGUUCGUCUUCCUUCCCGAGUCCGGCUUCAUCGCAUUACCGAGUCAAUGGCAAUAGCAAUAGCAAUGCUGAUGCCAAUUCCUUAAUCCCAUGGUUGAAAAACCUUUCAUCGGGUUCAUCUUCGGCUUCGUCUAAGCUUGCUCACCAUCUCUACUUUGCUGGUGGGUCGAUAAGUGCUCCGGUCACUCCACCAUUGAGCUCCCCGACUUCCCGAACUCCUCGAACAAGAAAUGAUUGGGAUGAAACGAAAGAUGCCUCGGCACGGGCUAGGCAGUGGCAUUGUUACCUUCCUUCAUCAACUCCACCUAGUCCUAACCAUCAGGCUUUUCUUGAUCCAGGAUGGCUUUCUAGUGGACCAACAUCCCCUACCUUUAGCCUCGUCUCUCGAAACCCGUUUGGGUUUAAAGACGAGUCUUUAUCGGCUGGAGGUUCACGAAUGUGGACUCCCGGACAAAGUGGCACAUGCUCACCAGCACUGCCAGCCAGUGUUGAUCAAACAUCGGACGUUCCAAUGUCCGAUGCGAUUGCUGCCGAGUUCGCCUUUGGGAGUCACACGACAGGGUUAGUGAAACCUUGGGAGGGAGAAAAGAUCCACGAAGAAUGUGUAGCUGAUGAUCUUGAGCUUACACUCGGAAAUUCAAAUACUAGGUAAUGUUUUCAUUCCGAAAUCUAAGAUUCCGCGUUAUGAUCGGCAACAUCAUCGAGUUCGAAACCUCAUCCCCUUCACCGUCAUCUCUCCAUUCGAGCUAAAGAGGAACAUAAGAUCAAUUUACAAAUAGCUCAUGGCUGUGUAUUUACCCCUUAAAGCUGCAGUCCGUUCACCCAUUUCAUGUGUUUGAAAGUGAUUUAAAAUUUCUCAGAUUUCUCAUU